GUUGUUGAUCACUUUCAGAGUCCUCGGAAUGUCGGUUCUUUUGAUAAGGAUGACAUCAACGUCGGCACUGGACUUGUCGGCGCCCCAGCGUGCGGCGAUGUCAUGAAACUCCAAAUUAAAGUCGACGGCGAAGGCAAAAUUGUCGACUCGUGCUUCAAAACGUUUGGCUGCGGUUCGGCAAUUGCUAGUAGCAGCGUAGUUACUGAAUGGGUGCAGGGACAGCACAUUGAAGAAGCGGUGGCAAUAAAGAACGACGAAAUCGCAAAACAUCUCAACUUGCCGCCCGUAAAGCUCCAUUGCUCUAUGCUUGCCGAGGACGCGAUAAAAGCCGCGGUCAAAGAUUUGAAGCGAAAAAAAAUCGCAGCGGGAAUCCCGAUGAAAUAG